GCUUUUCGAAGGGAUGCGAUUAGUAACUCAUUAGCAGACGAAUGAAUCUGAACGACGGAACGGUACGUUUGAGGCGGCCAUCAGACCAUCGGACGUCGGCCACUUUCCAAAUGGACGCUCCCGACGAAGGUCGGCCGCCGUCGUCGCACGAGGAAGCCACACGGGCGAGAGAUUCGACUCCAGACUCGCGUUUUACGAUUGUCGAAGACCUUCUAACGUCCGAGGUUGUCUACUACGACCGUCUGAAGACCGUUUUUCAUACCUACGCCAAUCCGUUGAGCAAGUGGGGUCUGACGGGUACCGAUCAUGACAUGCUGUUCGGUGGUGUCGACGAGCUGCUGCGUUUGGUUGAGUCGUUCAUCAGACAGUUGGAUGAGAGUGUGCAGAAUUGGGAUGCCAGUAUGGUCAGCGUGGGUGGGAUCCUCAACGGUCUUGGAUCAUUCUGGCAUGCGUAUGAACUGUAUUGUGGCUCACAGAGACAACUGCUAAGGAGAUUGAAGGACAGAGAGAAGAACACAGCAUUCAAAGCAUUCCUGGAUGUUAGAAGGGAAUCAUCACCCAACCGGCUGUCUCUUGAAGCUCUACUAACCUUGCCUGUUCAACGUGUUUCAGAGUAUCAUCACUUACUGGGUCAACUGUUUGACACGAUGGAGCACGAUCAUCCCGAUUUUGACCACCUCUCUGAUGCUGUAGCCAAAGCUAAUCAGCUCGUUCAGAGGAGGCAGGAAGAGGCCAUCUUCUUGGAGAACCAAAUAAAGUUAGCUCAAGUACAGGAACGUUUCUCACAAAACCUUUAUCUCAAUUUGCCUCUUGACUGUGUUGACUCUGAUGGCAGGAAAAAGAAGAGUAGUUUACCCGGCCACAGGUAUGGUAGUCAUGGAAGUGGUGGUAAUCGUAUCAGAAAUGGCGGAGUUCGAGGAGUUUCACAUAAUACAUCACCAGGAUUGGCUCUUAGAGCAUGGAAAGGAGGUCCCAUUAGAACGACCAUUCGAUCAUACGUGAAAGAAGGAGUCGUCCAGUUUAGAACCGGUUAUAGUCAUCAAGAUCGAUACCUCGUUCUCUUUACUGAUUUAUUGCUCGUUGCGAAGGCAAAAUCUCAGAGCACGUUUAGGUUGAAACAGAGACUGCGAGUGAGUGAGAUGUGGUUGGCCGACUGUAUCGAAGAAGUGUUUGAAACAUCACAGAAAGAAGAGUUAUCGUUCGUACUCGGAUGGCCAACCACCAACACAGUGGCAACAUUUGGGUCAAAGGAAGACAGAGAUGCAUGGUAUGUGCAGCUGAGCAGAUACAUCAACAAACAGAGAGACAUGGUCGAGCCUCGGUCUGUGUCUCUCAAAGUGUAUAACAGAGCCGGAGAUACGGUUAAUAAUCCUCAAUUCCAGAUAGUCAAUGUCGAUCGUAAUGACACUGCACAAGAAGUAGUCAGUUUGGCACUGGAAACGGUCGGCUUAAAAGAUGAUCCUAAGGGCUAUCAACUGUGGGUGAUCUCAGGCAAGGAGGAGUCUGCAUAUCCUCUCAUUGGUCAUGAGUAUCCUUAUGCUAUCAAACUCCAUCACGUGAGGCAUACCUUGGACAGCGUUGAAAACGACCAGUUGAGACACGUCAGCAAGCGCGGUCAAUGUCAGUUCAUUCUAAAGAAGAGGAAAAAGGCACAAACGAGUACAACUCAGCAAAGUCUAACACCCAGAAGAUUUCUCUACAAAUCAAUAAGGAAGGCACCAUUUGUUCAAUGGGCUACAAAGCGUCGGACGGGAACACCUCACGGUUCCCAAGAGCGACUAGAUUGUCUCCAGUUGUUUGGUGUUAGUCUGUCAAAAGUGACUAAGGAUGGUGUAUUACCGAAGUCGAUUCUGGACAUACUGGUGCGUUUGUACAAGGAGGGUCCAUCCGUACCGGGAGUGUUCAGACGCUCGUGCAAUGCUCGUUUGGCUAGAAAAUUGAAGGAAUCUCUAAACAACGGAGAGGAUGUGUCAAUUGGUGAUGCUGACAUUUUGGUGUUGGCUACAGUAAUGAAGGAAUUUCUUCGAAGUUUGCCUGAUUGUAUAUUUUGUUGUGAAAACUUUGCCGAUUUGGUGGCUACGAAUCAAAAUACGGAAGACUUAAAUCGAGUAGACGGGAUUCUCAGGGUAAUGGAUCGACUGCCGUUGUGUAAUUACAUUGUAUUGCGACAUUUUAUGUGGGUGCUGUACCGAGUGGCAGAAAACUCAGAACAUAACAGCAUGGAUGCUCAUAAUAUUGCAAUAUUGCAUUGUGUGUGUCGCCGAGUCUCUUGUGGGGAGUAG